UUCAUUUUCAAUCUUGUUGAGCUGCUUAACUUUUCUCUUUGUGAAUUCAAACUACCUUUUUUUCAAAUUAUUAAUCCAACGUUCACUUUUAAACUUUGCGUUUGUUUACAGUCUUCUCUUUUUACCUGGUGUGAUUACUUCAAAAGUUAUGUGAUUUUAUUUGAAUCCACACUAAAUUAAACUCUUUCAAUUUGAGUCUGUGUUCCAUCCAUUCUUCUCUGAUUUUUUACUCAACCAAAAAUAUUGUCACAUCUCUUACUAUUUCGUGCAUUUAUUUAACAUGGCUUUUGAUCCAUAUGAUUUGGAACAAAAAAUUGAUUUGGAAAUAAAGAUGAGAGAAGGGACUACCAAACUUUUGGCUGCAUGUACCCAUGAAUUACAAAGUCUAGAGCCUGCUAAAUCAUUAAUAACAUCAAAUGAGCGAAUGAACGCCUACACCAGUGAACUGCAAAGAAGAAAACAAGAAUCGGGCAACAUGAAAUCAAGUAAACAACUGAAACCAUGUAAAGCAAGAAUCGCUAUCUCAGAUAUAAGAAUGCCUUUACUAUGGAAGGAUUUAGAUCACUUCAAAAACAAAAGCGACCAUCGGCGUUUCUCAGUUUUUUGUCUCAUCAAAUGUGGAACUGAGGUUUACGAUACCGUGCUAGUUAAUAACAUUGAUCGAAGCAUGACCGACAUUAAUUUUGACGAUGUAAUUGUACUUCAUCACAUUCCUCAUGACUUUGAACUCAACCUGGAAGUUUAUGGAAGAAAAAUGCAUGACGAUCUCAGUAUUGUUUCAACGCCUAAAAAGCUUAGGAAAAAAAUUUCCUCUUCAGUUAGUCGCACCUUUGGACGAAAAUUGGGAGCUGUAAUUAAAGAGGAGCUCAAUGAACCACAUCCUAAAUUUGAUCUUCUCGCCAAAGCAACAUUAAGAUUGGAAGAUUCAGAUGAAUCCAUUUGUACAUAUGAUCUACAGUUGGUUAAAGGAGAAAAGAGUUGCUCACAGUUGCCUCUGUUUGGCCUUUUUUGCUGUCGAUUAGCAGUCCAACCAUAUUGUCUAACAGAGGAAAGGUUAAGUGGUUACCUCAAAGGUGAACCUGAGGGUAACUCAAAGAAGGAUUCAAAGAAACCAAUUUAUUGGGCAUCCCUUGAAGCAUUUAAAUUGUACCUUUGGCGAAAACCAAUUUCAGCUGUUAACGUUGAACCUUUAGCUGAACGAGGUUCAGGUGAACCCAGUUUAAUUGUGGACGUAAAUAGGUUUACACUUUGCAAGAAAGGCUCUGAUUCCAAGUCAUUCACAAUAAUUAAUAAAGAAUCAAAAAAGAACACUUUUUACGUUUUAAAUAAGGAAGAUCGAGAAGUUUGGCUCAACGUCAUCGAGAUUCACAUCAAAGAAAAUCGAGUUUGGGAUAAAGCGGCAGAUAAAUUGAUGGAGAUUCCUGAAGCUUCCUCGUCAAAUCAAAUGCCCAGUUUUCUUAGUCAAAGACUUCCAGGCUCAUUAUACGAUCAAACACCUUUACCAGAUAAAUUUAUUAAAAACUAUUCAACUUCAUCGAGCCCGAAUUGUUCAACGUAUGAUUUACGAUCAAAGAAAAGCUCUGCGACUGGAUCAAUUCGAUCUCGAAGUUCAAGCCUCUCAUCGGAAACUGAUAGUUCAAAUUCAACAGCGCAACUUGGCAAUAAUUCACGAUGGGCUAACACUUUUUGCUCGGGAAUCGAUUUAUACCGAACUGUACAAUUGCCAAGGAUAACACCACUUUACUAGCCUUUUUUGGACGAAUGAUCAGUGGAUUAGAAUUAUUAACAUUAUUGACUGACGAUUAACUAUUCUAAUUAUAACUACUAUAAAUAAUGAUUCAACUAUUAUCAUUAUCAAUUUUGAGAGCGCUUUUAUUAUUAUUAUUAUUGCUAAAUGUUAAUUGCUAUUAUACAGAAACAUGACCUGAAGAUGUUGUGCUUGCCUUGUGUGUGUGUGGGUUUACAUCUUUUCUUGUUUUCCUCAAUGAAAAGUGUAAAUGUUUCUCACAUGCAAAGUACUUUUCAUAUCUCUGAUUCCUAAUUGUAACUACUAAUUUCUUGCCAAAUUUUGACUUGUCUGUUCUAUUUCUAUUAUCUAUCAACAAACAAUCAAACCUCAUCUUUUUUUGUUACUAAUUGAGUAAGGUGCAAACAUGACAGCAACAAUUCAAGUUUCAAACCAGAUAAAUCUCCCAGAAAAAAUGGACUAAGGUUACCAACAUUAUCUCAUCAUCGACAUAAUAAUGCACACAAUUAAAGAAACGUGCCUUGAUCAUCUGCAAAUUGUAAUCGACAUUAAUUGUUUCAUCACUUCAAAUCAAAGUUCUCUUUUUUCUGCGAGUUCAUCCAUUCAUCAACUAAAUUCAUCAAUUGUAAUUCUCCAAUCCUUUCUCCUCCUCCUCCUACAUUAUCCUCGCAACUGCCUUAUCCUUUUCUUAUGAUUUGAAUUUGUAUAACAUAAUGACAUAAAAUACUUUACAACAUGCAAAGAUGAUGUUUUUACACAAUUGCAAUAUAAAAACACUUAUAAACAAA